AGGUUUCAUUUCAAGAAUGUCACCAUCUUUACAAAUGCCAGCGUCUUGUGCUGAACAAGAAAAAUUAGAAGAAAUGUCUAAUUACGCAGAGUCUUAUGAGUCCGACUAUGAAGUCGACCCACAAGAACUGCAUUAUUAUAAUUUGUUUGAAAAGCCACGUGGAGAGCGCAGAUGGCUGGGAAAACAUCACCAUGGUGGAAAGGAACGCCUUCACAAUGCAGUGAAGGAUAGGACCUUCAUCGAGAAAAAUAUUAGGGCAGCAGAGCCGUUGAGCAAGAAAGCCAUCAACCGAAUUGAUGCAUCUACAAAUGAUAAUUUGAAGCUCAAUGUAGUGUACUCUGUCAACAAGAAAAAUCGUUGGCAAAAUGCCAAGACAACUUUCCUUUUGGCCGGAGCUCCAGAAAAUGUGAAUGCAGAAGUUGUUGAGAAAAAUGGAUUGGCGCAAUUUGGAUUCAUCUACCCAGAGAAGUCAACUUUUGCUGUUCACUCAAGAGUUCUUAACAAAGAAUACAAACAGGGAGAAUUUGAAAUCAGAAGUGCCAAAACAUCAUCAGCGAGAGGACAAGAUUAUUCGAAUUUCCUCUCGAAAUCUAGAGAGUUUAGCAAGAAAUCUAAUGCAAAAGUGAUGGCACUACGAAGUGAGAAAGUCGAUGAAAAUGUCAAGAGCCAACCAACAGUAUCUUACAAUAUCUAUAAAACUCAUAGAAGCCAAGAUGUUGUUGGAAAAGAAAUGUUCAAAGCCAAAGUCGUUUCAAAGUCAAGGAGACAUCGUCCAAAUAAAAAGGUUGAUAUGGAGAAUUAUGAUGAUUUGGAUGAAGAAUUUGAAGAUGAUGAAGACGAAAUUGUGGAUUCACAUCGUCCUACUGAUGUUCUCGAUCUUGCUGCCUUCAAUGUGAGAUCUCUGUCAAAACAAGCCCAUCCCAAACACCAAAAGGAGAAUCUAUUCAAAAAUUGAGGAAAGCAAUGAAUUACGAAUUAAUUUUUUAGUUGUUUGUGAAUAAUUGAACUCGAAAAAAUCAUAAAUUAAUUGAUUCAAUUUCUCAUCGUAUCAUUUCUUAUUUUGUAAGCAAGUUAUGAAAGUUUGACUUUGAAAUUGCAUUUUUCCUAGAAGAAAAAUCUGAAGAUGCUCUUCUUAUGUGAUAAAUUUCAAACACUCAAUUGAUUGAUUCAAUGCAAAACUAAUAUUUGAUUGUUAAUGAAUCUGAAAAAUUGAUGUAA